UUUCUGGGCAAGGUGGUGGUGAAAACCAAGACCGAGUAUGAGCCGGACCGCAAGAAGAGCAAGGGGCGCCCUCCCAAGAUAGCCGAGUUCACGGUCAGCAUCACUGAGGGUGCCACCGAGAGGUUUAAGGUCUCGGUGCUGGUCCUGUUCGCCCUGGCCUUCCUCACCUGUGUCGUCUUCCUGGUCGUCUACAAGGUGUACAAGUAUGACCGGGCCUGCCCUGACGGCUUCGUCCUCAAGAACACACAGUGCGUGCCCGAGGGCCUGGAGAGCUACUACGCGGAGCAGGACUCCAGCGCCCGGGAGAAGUUCUACACGGUCAUCAACCACUACAGCCUGGCCAGGCAGGGCAGCGCCCGGGCCGCCUCGCCCUGGAUGUCCGUGCUGUCGGAGGAGAAGCUGUCCGAGCAGGAGACCGAGGCUGCAGAGCAGUCGGCCUAGCGGGGCAGCCCGCGCCCCGGCCCCUGCUGGGGCUCUCCCGGAGGAGGUAACCGAGGGACCUGGAGGGACAUUUCAUUCUGUGUAAUUACCGAUACUUUAGAGGUUACUCAUUUCCGGUGCAAUUGCUUCUGUCCAAUAAUGCUGCUUUGCAAAUGUGCCUGCUGCAGACGCAGGGCAGGUGCAGACAGGACCUCAGCCCGGCCUCCGGCGCUGCGGCCACACAGGCCCUGCUCCCAGGGGAGCCGGGAGCUGUCCAAGAACACCUUGCCCCGGGAUGGCCAGGGGCUGGACUACCGAAACCCUCCCAUUCUUGUGGGAUUUUUUUCUUUUCUUAACCCACCUUGCUGUUUGCAAACCUUGCUCAAUAGACACCCUUAGGGUGAGCCCUCCUAUGGCUGAGGGCAGCUGUCCCCACGUCUCCCCCUGCCGGUCCCUUGAGUGAGUUCGCAUUUAGGAGAGGGGAGCCGCCCCCACAACUGCUGCUGGCCCCCAGGACGAGCUCCUGCUUAGCUGAAGAGAACUGUCCCCGCCCCGCUCCUGCCGCCUGUCAGGUGGCGGUGCUGCUGGCCAUCGGGUGAGGGAGGGGAGGGGAGGGACCCCAGCCCCUGUGCCGACUGUGCACAAGAGUCGCAUGAAGGUGGGUGAGUGGCAGCGGGGUCCGCCCUUGUCCGGUGGGCGGGACUGAAGCUGCGGCCUACCCCUUUAGCAAGGCUGUUGGGAAACCCAGCAGGGGAGGGGGGGCGA